AGAACGUCCCACAUACUCGCGCGACAUCACCAACAACAAUGGCAAACGCGAGCCGACAGACCCGCACGCUCCGGCGCUGAACCCACGUCAUAUUUAUAGUUUCAAUUUUUAAUUGGCCUUUUUUUAGUUGUUGUAGUUUGGUCAAGGCUGUUCGACUACUGCUAUUAUUCCUCGUUAAUUUUUUUUUUUUUUUUUUAAAUUUCGAAAAUGUGCGAGGCGCUGUUGGCAAGCUCACGCAGUCCGUGCGCGCGUGUCCCUGCUGCCUUUCUGCUGGGCUGCGGCUACUAACCUAGCUGCCUCUCACUCGGUGGUUAGCUAACGUUAGCCUGGCCGCGUUUAUUGACGUGAGGUGCGGGGGGGGGGGAAACACCAGCGAAUGUAAAGCGUGUCCGCGCGAUCCGUUUCAUGACAACAGCCCGUAACUGUUUUUUAGUCGUUGCUGUUGGUUACGGCGAGAAGCGUCGUAUGGUUUGUCGUGGGAUACACUUUGCUGGCUAGCUAACAGGCUAGCUAUUUGUGGGUGCUCUUCGGCUGAGGGAAACGGCGAGUUUUUUUUUCUUUCAAAGUAUGGAUGACCAGACCAGGAUGAUGACGGGUCUCACCGGACUCGGUGGACUAGCACAAGCCGACGUCGGUGACCCGGACUCGGUCCGGAAACAGCAGUCCCUCGGUCAACCUCAACAAGACAUAGGGGAUAUCUUACAGCAAAUAAUGGCCAUCACCGACGAAAGCCUGGACGAAGCACAGGCCAGAUGCUGGCCAGAGGAAUCGCCGGCGCAUUGGGGUGGAUCAGACGACCCCACUGAGGGAGGGAGAGCAGGGGGGGGCAUGGCAGGGGGUGGCCUGCCACUCAACUUCCAGCACAGGAAGCAUGCCCUGAACUGUCACAGAAUGAAGCCAGCCCUCUUCAGCGUUCUCUGCGAGAUCAAAGAAAAGACGGUGCUGAGUAUACGAGGUGUGCAGGAGGAGGACCCCCCAGAUCCCCAGAUCAUGCGGUUGGACAACAUGCUGCUAGCGGAGGGCGUGUCAGGACCGGAGAAGGGUGGAGGAUCGGCUGCAGCGGCUGCAGCUGCAGCAGCAGCAGGGGGCUCACCUACGGACAGCAGCAUUGAACACUCUGACUACAGAGCCAAGCUCGCCCAAAUCCGCCAGAUCUAUCACUCUGAGCUUGAGAAGUACGAGCAGGCCUGCAGCGAGUUUACCAACCAUGUAAUGAACCUGCUGAGGGAGCAGUCUCGCACGCGACCCAUCUCUCCCAAGGAGAUCGAGCGCAUGGUGGCCAUCAUCCACCGCAAGUUCAGCUCCAUUCAGAUGCAGCUCAAACAGAGCACCUGCGAGGCCGUUAUGAUUCUGCGCUCACGUUUCCUUGACGCCAGACGCAAGAGGCGCAACUUCAACAAGCAAGCCACAGAGGUGCUGAACGAGUAUUUCUACUCUCACCUGUCCAACCCUUACCCCAGCGAGGAAGCCAAGGAGGAACUGGCCAAAAAGUGUGGGAUCACUGUGUCUCAGGUCUCUAAUUGGUUUGGCAACAAGAGAAUACGUUACAAGAAGAACAUCGGUAAGUUCCAGGAGGAAGCGAACCUCUACGCAGUCAAAACGGCGGUGGAUGCUGCCAAUGUGUCUGCGCAGGCCAGCCAGGCAAACUCUCCGGCAACACCGAACUCAGGGUCACCGGUGUCAUACAGUUUGCCUAACACAGGCGACGCCUACCUCAGCCUGCGUUCCCUCAACGGGGAGGGUCUCAACAUCGCCCCCUCUCUACAGCCGCAGGUGGAUACCCUGCACCGUGCUACACACCUGACGGGCGGCUAUGAGGAGCUGUCGGGUAGUGGCCUCUACACCCCUCAUUGCCUGGAUGCUAACAGCUGGCAGGACACCACCAACCCCCACCCGGUCACCUCUCCCCCCGGUCCUCCUGGCAGCGUCCACUCCGACACCUCCAAUUGAUUCGGUGGCUCUCCCGGCCAUCGCUGCAUUUCCACUGCGGUCCGCUCCGACCACCAUCUUCUGUCUUAAUUUUUCUCUAUUCCCUCGUCUCUCAACUGGACAGCAGCACAUGGCCGUGCUUGCAUUUCAAAAACACACACACACACCCACACACGCACGCACGCACACACACACACUGUGCUGGGACAGCGGCAGAGCAGUUAGGAGUUCUCCCUCCUCCCAACAGCUCCACUUCAAUGCUCGAAGCUCCGUAACUCCGAAUAAGGCCGGGGUGGAGCUUACUGAUGCUGAGACUGAUAAGAAAAAAACCUGUUUACUAUCACGGACCUUUUGAAAACCACUGACCCAGCUGCGUAGAUGGUCACGAUGUCUGCACAUUGUGUAUAUGCACGUUAACUUCACACAGUACUCCCACCGCUUAUCCAUGUGCCGUCGGCCUCCACACUCAGCCCUUUGCUUUGGAAAACUGUGCGUGAUCGCCUGUAUCUCUUGCAGCCUCUGCGUUUGACAGCCAAACUAUCGAUACGGAUCACCGGGGGAGUUCUGCUCACCUUGCUCUUACCAAAGUGCUGCCCAAGUAGUUCUCAACAUCUGUCCCUACGAGAUCACCCUCUGCCAACUCAAACACGAGACACUGAAAUACCCUGGAGUCCUUUAUGGCUUGUGAAUAAGUGAAUAACUGAGAUCCAUAACACACACACACCACAACCUUUCAUCGUCGUUUUCAUAGUGGGCUGACACAAAAGAUGUGUCGAGCACAACAGUUAGCAUCCUUGUUAUGGGUGUCUCUACCUGUGAAAGGGUAGUAAAGGAGAUCACUGUUCUAAACCAGGAGGAGCUGGUGAUAAUAGGGCUGGUAGGAGGAGGAGGAGGAGGGGGGAAGGGCAGAGAGGAGAAUAUCUUUGGUUGAGUGGAUGUAACUAAUAGCCCUUUUUGUUGCUAACCAAUAGGGGGUGUUGGUAGAUGGCUUGUAGACUUUACUUCUUGCUUUCUGUCCACUAGUUUAUUUGAUUGUAGGCUAUUUUCUAAUGCUGUUUCACCAAGAAUGCACCAGCCGCCACCAAAAAUGAGCUCAAUAAAGCAUCUGGAUGACGUUAGGAGGGUGGAAAGAUUGUGGGGCAUUGAUGUGUUAUUGGGGGACAAAUGUGACAUGAAUUUAGAAAAGUGACUGUCUUCCAUGCAUGUAGGACUUUUAGGCGUGAUAUUAUUGUUUUCAUUUAACCUUCCAAGUUUCUAGCUUCGUUUUUAUUAACAAAAAAAAAAAGAAUAAAGGGUAUAAUUAUUACAGUCAGACCAAAAAGGAAAAGUGCAUCAUGUAUUGCUCUGAUGUGUGUGUCUCUGUGUGGGCGUGUGUACAGUGUUCUUGGGACGUCCUGGUCUAACCGGCCCUCUCACCUUUAGUCAGCGUCGGAGAGCGCGGCUGCUCGCCGCCAGCCAACGACUCGCCGGCUUCAGCUCAGAUCGCCCCGUGUGGAAAAACUUUAUAAGCUGGUGAGCCCACGGCGACACACUGCAACCUUCUGUUGUACCAAAAACCAAAAAUGCCACGUUCAGCGAUGUAAUAAUGCUACUCUGUGUGUGUGUGUCUCUCUAAAGUCGGUGCACAGCAACCUUUUCAGUUGGAGGAGAGGAGGGAAUUAUAUUUGUAUCUAUGUCUCUUGUGUGGUGUUGUCAUAACUCAAGCUUUUUUUGUGGAGGAGGUGGGGGGGGACGGAUGGAGUGAGGCCUGUCAUUUGAUUGUGAGCAUAGGAGGGAUCCUCCCUCCCCCCCCCUCACUCUUCCUUUUAAUACCUUCCGGUAAACCCACAAAUAUCUAGUUUUUACUUAUGUGGCCAGCUGGGCGACGGCUUCUCUCUGUUACCAAAAAAAAGAGGAAGCGCUAAGUGUAGUACAACUCUUGACUCGUGUUUAAGACCAACAUGCUACAUUUUGGGGGGGAUUUUAAUUCUUUGGAACUUUUUUAUACAUUAACGGUUAUGUGAAUAACAAAGCAUUUUGAUAGUAAGGUAAAGCCUUAUGAAGAUUUAAGUGUCAGUCGAGACCAUAUGUUACAGAACAAAAGCUCAUGAGCUGCUCACAUGUGAUAUCCUGCAUCUAUUUACUUGUUUUUACUCAUCGCAGUUCAUACGACUGUAUCUUAUAACGUUAUCGCCACACCAAAUGAUCAUGCCCCUUCCUUUUUCUACCUGUUGUAAUGGAUGUCACUGUACAGUUUGUGUAAUGUUUCAGUAUUUUUUUUUUCUUCUUUUAUAAACUUUGAUGUUUUGGUUGCGAUGCCAGUUUUAUUUGGCCUUUGUCACAGGAUUCACAAUAACUAUCAAUUUUGAAUAUUAUUUAGUACUUUUGUUACAUAACCGGGUGGCAAUGUGGGGUUUACAGACGUACCCGUUGGUGCUGUGGAUGGACUAUUGUGUGUAUUUUGCCAUAUAGAUCUAUGGAUCCUAUUAGCUUCAGUUUUUGCAGUUUUCCACACGCAGCAAUAUUUUGAGAUCAGAGGUGGCUAAAUGUUUUAGAAACUAUUGAAUAGGUACAUUUAAUGUGGUUAAUUAUUGGGCAAAGAACUUGAAAUGUAUCAGUACAUGAUGAGGAAAUGUAUUUGAGCUCGCAAUGUAUAAUUCUGUUACCGUACAUUCACAUCCAGCUGAAAGGACGUGAUUAUAUUUUACUAAUUACUUUAGUUGCCACCUGGAGCAGAGGACAAACUUUCCCAGUAAAGCCAAUGGUUUACAAUUUGUCAUUCCCCACUUUAAAAAUAACUACUGCAAUAAUAUUCAUGCAUAUACACUUGACUUUAUAUAUAUAUAUAACCAGACUUUAUUUUACUGUUAAUGUUUAAAUCGUAAGUGGCAAAUACUUCCACAGCACCAAAUGGUUUCUGAAACCUUUGUUUUCAUUAGUAUAUUUGUAUCUCUCCUCUUCCCCUUGUAUUUACCCCUCUCUACCUCUGUCUUUCCAUUUCUCUUGUAUAUAACCCCCACUGUUUUCAGACCUGUGAGUCUGUAUGAACUCCUUUUAUACCUCAACUUUAGAAUUGUUCUAGAAAGAGUAAAACAAAAAGGAAGAAUAUGACAAACUGUAGUGUUAUUAGAAAAUUAAUAAAAUGAUUUAGUGUGAUUUUUUUUUUCCUUUAUUUUUUCUUUUUCAGUCUUUCAUUUCAGAUAUUACGAGUGUUUCAUUUUAUAAUUUGUCACAAAUGUGAUAGUCGAACGUAAUAAAAAGGAGAGAUUGCACCA